AUGUCCGAGAGCAUCAGUAGCGUACACUCAGCCUUGCAAUGCAUAACGUCUCAGUCUGAUCCUGAAACAAAGAAAGAAGCGCUUCACUUCUUGGAAGUGUUCCAAAAGUCAUCGGAAGCGUGGUCUACAUGUCAUCACAUUCUGUCUGCGCAAGAAGGCCAAUUUGGUGUUGAGUUUCAGGUUUUUGCUGCUCAAACGCUACGAAAUAAGGUAACUUAUGAUUUGGCGCAGCUUGGCGACCAAUUGGCCGAUUUCAAGGUCUCACUUUUGGCCCUCAUCGUCAAGCAUUCGCAGAAACUGAUUGUCACACAGCUGUGUGUAGCAAUGGCAAGACUCGCAAUUCAGUACCUGGAAUGGAAAGCUCCCAUUGCAGAGAUAAUCGACUACUUGAACCAGUGUCCCAAUAGGCUGUUAGAAUUUUUAAAGAUUCUGCCUGAAGAGACACUUGACAUCAAGUCCACUUCUCUAAGUGAGGACGAAUUUCGUUCCAGAACACACGAACUUAUAGACCAAAUUGCAGCGGACGUCAUGAAGUAUCUGGUCGAUCUCAUUGAUACCCUGGGGUCGUCUACACCUGUAAUUACAGUCUCCCAACUACUCAACUGCAUCAAUUCUUGGGCCUACGAGUUUCCAGUAGACGAACUGAUUAGAAUCAACAGCCUCAUGUCACUUAUCUUCCAUGUAUUAAAUCGAGGUCAGGAUGCAGAUCCAGAAGCUUUUGACGUCGCUGUUGAGUGUCUUUGUACUAUUUUGAAGGAGACACGAGAAGUUGCCGACGAAAGCGUCAUAGCGGCCAUGUACGAACAGCUCAUGGCACUGCAGUCCAACAUACUUCCAAUUCAAAAUAUAGAGGAUUUUGAAGACCAUGUCGAAACCAUGGACGGACUUACAAGGCUUUUCGUUGAAGCGGGAGAAGCCUGGUGUGUGUUCAUCGCCAAAACGCCUGCGAUUUUCAAGCCUUUGGUAUCUGUUCUCCUGCUACUCACAUGUAAAAAUACAGACCUCGACGUGGUCAAAUACGCAUUCCCAUUUUGGUUCAAUCUCAAGCAAAUGCUCGUGCUUCCAAGAUUCAAAGAGCAGCGCUCAGCUUAUCAGGACAUAUACGGCGAGCUGAUUGAUGGAAUAAUAGUUCACUUACAUUAUCCCGAAGAUGGAUUUUCCAAUAGAGAAGAACAAGACAAGUUCAAGGAAUUUCGUUAUGAUAUGGGCGGGGUGUUGAAGGAUUGCACUGCCGUAGUUGGCUCAUCUAAAGCUUUGAGCCGUCCAUACAACAAAAUCAUGGAUGCAUUAAACAAGCCUAAUUCCUUGUCACAUUGGCAAGAUUUGGAAGCACCGCUCUUUUCUUUGAGAACUAUGGCACACGAAGUAUCGAAGAUUGAAGCGGUAAUGUUGCCACAGUUGAUCCAAGUUGUCUGCAACCUACCUGAACAUCCAAAACUGAGGUAUGCAACAACUCUAGUUUUGGGAAGAUAUACUGAGUGGACAUCAAAACAUCCAGAAUUUCUCGAAUUAGAACUCAACUACAUUUUUGAUGGCUUUCAGCAUGCAAACGGCGAUACUGAGAUAUUAACGGCGUGCUCACACGCGUUAAUGUAUUUCUGCCAAGAUUGCAGCAACCUCUUGAGCAAUUACGUGGAGCAACUUAUUGAAUUCUUCUGGAAGAUUGAACCUAUUGUGGAGUCAGAGUCCCUAUUUGAAGUUUGUCAGGGUUUAAGCUGUGUUAUUGAUCGCCAGUCUGAUGAGAGGGUUGGGUCGUCUUUACAGCUUUUUUUGACUCCGCAAUUGCGCAAACUCUCUUUGGUGGCUCAACAAUGGAAACAGAACUCAGCAGACCACACUGCGACCGCUGCUGUUUGCGAUACAAUUGAUCUCAUUUUUGCCGUGUUCGAGGAACUCAAGCCGCGCUAUGAAAGUCCCGGGUUUGGAAAGGACCCGCUUGAGCCGUUCAUAAGUUCUAUUUGGGAUGCACUACGUGCGCUUCUCGUGGAUGAAACGGCCAUGAACAAUCAAGAAAUUGCCGAAAUAGCUAUGAAAUGGGUACGCAAGGUUUUUUUGAACUUUCACGUUUUCGUUGCCUCAAUCUUACCUUCCGUGGCUACCUUUCUUGCCGAUGGUUACGCCUCGACGGGACUAGGAAUUUACCUAUGGUGCUCAGGUUCCAUUAUUUCUGUAUUUGGUGACGACGAGUCGUUUCCAAUCGACGCACAAACUAAAGAGGCAGUGUGGCAAUUCUCGUGUACUCAAUGUCAGAUCUUUAUGACCACAUUCAACGCUGCAAGCCAAGCAACGAUUGAGCAGUACCAAGACUCUGUUCAGGACUUUUUCAUGAUGAUAACGGAUGUCGUCAUGUUCUUCCCAGACCGCUUUCUUCAGGCCGGAAACUUAUUAGGACCCUCCUUUUCAAUGGGCCUGGCAUGCGUCACCAAGGUCCCCAAUUAUGACGCAUACAUCACAAUAAUACGUUUUUUCGAUGACGUCUUAUCUUGGGGGUUUGAAACGCCUCCAAUUUCUACUGCCGCUCUUGACGUUGUUCCUGAAGUUUGGAGAGAAAUGGUUUUGCGCGAAGUAGUGCAAGCACAGGGAUCCCAGCUAAUACAAUCAAUCAUGCUAGGUCUUGUCACCACCUUCAAUAGUGACUCCCAUCCAGAUGCCAUUGGAUGUUUAAUAAGGAUCCUCAAGCUUUGUAUGCAAUGCUCUGGCGGUGAUUCGUCUAUUGCAAUCGACUGGUUGAGCGGUGCGAUGAACGCAAUAGGCAAAGUGACAGAUCAAGAAAGGUCAAAUCUUCUAACAACUGUCGGCAACGCUCUACCUCAGAGGGACAUGAGAAGAGUCAGGAAUGCCUUGAAAGAUUUUAUAAGUUGGUACUUGAGGAAAAACGUAUCACCAAGGACAUACAAGUAG